UUGGCGUUAGUCUGACGCAGCAUCUGUGAAGGAACUACAGGCAGAAAGGAGGUUGAGCUGCUGUACGAAGGCGUCGCAUGUGACGAACUUUGAAUCAGAAUCAGAUUAUUGUUUUAUAUAUUUAUAAAGAGAAUUUAAAACUAAUCAUGGCUCAGGCAUUAAAGGAAAGAUUUAACAAGUUCCUGCACGAGAAGAACCUCAUGACGGACCUUCUGGCGAAGAUCGAGGCCAAGACAGGAGUCAACCGAUCUUACAUUGCUCUCGCUGUCAUUGGUCUUAUUUCAAUUUACCUCGUCAUCGGUUAUGGAGCUUCUCUUCUCUGCAAUCUCAUCGGAUUUGUCUACCCUGCCUACGUGUCAAUCAAAGCCAUUGAAAGUAUCGACAAAGACGACGACACGAAAUGGCUGACCUACUGGGUCGUGUACGGUGUGUUUAGCGUGGCCGAGUUCUUUGCUGACAUCUUGUCCUGGUUCCCAUUCUAUUACAUUGGAAAGUGCGCCUUCCUGGUGUGGUGCAUGGCUCCAACUCCCUCUAACGGUUCCAUCCAGAUCUACACGCGCAUCAUCCGACCUUUCUUCUUAAAGAACGAGUCCAGGAUCGACACCGUGGUAAAGGACAUCAAAGACAAAGCAUCCGAUGCCGCGGAUAAAUUCAAAGACGAGGCCAAGAAAGCCACCGCUAACAUCAUCUUCGAAGAGAAGAAGAGCUCCUAAGCUGCCGUGGAGGAGACGCCACACUGAUAUGCACUAUUGGUACACGUCCUCAAGGAUGAUCACGGGCCUGAAUAAACGUUGCCUUUAUCUUUUGUGUGCUUCUUUGUAAACAACUGGAAUAUUCCUACUGCCUUUGUUCACUUGUUCCCCCUGUACAAAUAGCAGUGCCUGCAGAAAUGUUCUGUUUAAAUAUAUAUUUCACAUAAUAGCCAGUGAUGCUUGACUUUUGUGCUUCAGUCCCAGUAAAUGGAAAUCUUACCUCCUAUAA